CGAGACCCAUGUCUGGGUGACCGCAACCCUUGCCGUCCUUGGUGCCUUGCUUGAAGGAUACCAGUCGAGCACCUGCCAUCGCGAUGCAAACACGAGCACAUCUCGCGCUGCCACGUCAUCAGCGGGUCAUCUAUUUAUAGAGUUACGUAGCACAUGCAGCGACGCGCGUGGACGCGGCUGCUCGCGGCUCUCUUCAACACGGCGGCGAUGACGGUCUUUUAUGGCCUUGCGGUCACCAAGUACAUUCGGACCGGCGACUCGAUCAACGAUGUGCUCGGCUACAACACGGCGACGCUCUUGAUCCAUACGCGUGUGCUCCCGUUCAUCGAUAUGGACGUCGUCUCGGGAGGGUACGGGAUGCCCAUUUCACGCCAGAGCUUGAACCUCUCGACCACGGGCGUCUCGGUGCGGAUGCGUCUCGGUGCGUCAACCUCGACGCUCAAUGCGAUGACGACGCCAGGGUCGGCCACGUACUUUGCGAACAUGGCGCUUGCGACACUCGGGCUCAAUAGCUCGUCUCUGCUAACUACGCCAUGCGGGAGCUCGGCGCUGCUGCGGUCCACAACAAACAUGCUCGCUAAACCGUCGCCAAGUGCGACGUGGUCGGGCAUCAACAACCUCCCGACGACAAUCAAAGCAACCACCAACGUCGCCCAAAUGACGCAAUCGAUUCUGAGCGACGGUCGCUGCCAGGCUGAUUUGAAGCUGUACCAUCUCGAGGCGUUUGAGCUAUGGCAACGCCACAUGCACACGUUCAAUGCCUUUGAAACCACGCUUCGCACUACCUUUGUGCUCCACAACAACGAUACGUCCUCCCCAGCAAGCAGCGACAACAAGGUAGUACAUUGGACGUUCCACCCGAACGAAGGCGACUUCAACUGGUUCUUCUACCGUGCGUACGACGCCUCGUACAACGCCGCGGCGCUGGCGUGCCAGCUCGUUAGCAUGGCGCUCCUCGUCACCGGUUUCGUGCGGCGCGUAGCCUACACGACGCCGAAUGGCGCGCGCAAGAUGCUUGUGCGCUACUCGACGAACCUCCUCGCACCCCAAGCUGCCUACUACAACAGCGCCAUUGUCAACUUCCUCGAGAUCUACAUGAUUGUGAGCAACCGGUUUGCGUUCUUCCGCACCGUGAACGCGCUCGACUUUUUCAUGACUGCGGGCUGGGGCUUUGAUGCGUACUUGCUCUACGGCAACUACAUCAACCUCAUGGGCAGCGUCUUCUGGGUCGUGCUCGGUAUGCACAAGGCGCUGAGUUUGCUCUUUUACAGCAUUGCGCUGGUCUCGCAGCGGACACAGCUCGCCAAGCACAAGGUGUCACCUGGAGCGAUGCGGCGCGACAGCGUCUGGUACGACGAGAACGGCCGCGUCCAGACGAUGCCUGUCAAACCGCCGACGUUGCGGCAGCGCAGCUCGAGCACUCUGAGCUCGCUGCAGGAGCACAUUUACGCAACCGGCUUCCAGCGCACGCACGUACCCCGCGGACUCGUCCUCCUCAAGGAGAUAAUGCGACCGCGGCCCGACUGGAUCAUCUGCUGCAUGGCGGCGUGGCCGAGCUUGUACUAUGCUGGCUUCUUCAACCAAGCCACUGCGUGGGCACCGCUAGCUCCGAUCAACUAUAGCGCGCUGGGCAGCCGCCUCGGCGCCGACAUGAUGCUAUGGAACUUGGUGGUUUGCGCUAUCGUAACGCUGCCGUUCAACGCGAUCUUUGUGCUCUGGCGCUGCGAUGCCCUACUGUCGAACGGUUGGGUCCAGCUGCGCAAGCCCGGUCGCGCGUACUACAAUGAGUUUGCGCUCUUGCGGCCGAACGAGAAGCUCGAAGCCGCGUUCGAAGGCCAAGUCGAUUCGGUCGUUCUUAUGGUGCUGCUCUUCCGCCGGCAUGCAAGAGAGCGCGGCGUGUCCGUUGCCUGUUGCGUCUCGAUCCACGAGCUGCUGCACGACGCGGUUCUGAGCGAAUUCGAGGCGUUUUACGCGCUCUUUGACCCAAUUGACGCCAACUACGCGGCGCAGUGCCUUGUGCAGCACCCGGCGGGACCCAACCCGUUUGAGCGAUUUCCCAUGGUGCGCGUAGGGUCGUACCGUCACCGCGGUACGCUCCUCUCGUGGCCGCGCUCGCACCAACCGGGCAUCGAACCGUGGGACUUUGAGCAAAUGUUUCUCAAGCGCAUCUACGUCGUUGGCGCCGACGACGUCCUUAUCGAGACACCCGCGCAAGGCCCUAUACUCCCCUUCGGGCGGUCGUUCCGAUUCGCGCCUGGCAUCGACGAAAACGAGCCAUGACACCCAUAGUACGCUCAACUGUCUCCCGGAGUGUAGCCGAGUACUAGGACAUAGUCGCUAUAAUCAAGGGAAAGGUAUGGUUCUCCUGUUUGUCAUU